UGAUAAGAAAAUAGGUUAUGGUGCUGACCACGUAAAGCUUGGUAAAUUUUUUUAUUCAAUAAAUAAGUUAUUACUUCAAAGUUGGGAGCCUAAAAUUUUGAGAAAUGGUUAAAUGUUCCAAGUAUAAAUUCCUCUAAUUUUUAAAUUUAUACUCAUACUGACUGCCAGGACAGAGUACAAUAAUUUUUAACACAAUAAUUUCGCCCAGGAUGAAAGGCAAGUUCUACCGAUCCGUAGUCAGACCUGCUAUGUUAUAUGGGGCAGAGUGUUGGGCGGUUAAGAAGACUCAUGNGCGUCGUCUGCAUGCGGCGGAGAUGCGGAUGUUACGAUGGAUGUGUGGGAAGACAAGGUUGGAUAGGAUUUCGAACGAAGUUAUCCGACGUCAGGUAGGCAUGGCGCCGGUGGAAGAUAAAUUGCGGGAAGCGAGGUUGAGAUGGUUUGGUCAUGUGAGACGGCGGGAUGCUGACGCCCCUGUACGGAGAUGUGAGCGGAUUACGGUUAUCGGGGGAAGUAGGGGAAGGGGUAGACCUAAGAAGAAUUGGAAGGAGGUGAUUAGACAUGAUUUAGGACUUCUCACCCUGACUGAGGAUAUGGCUUUAGAUAGGAACCUUUGGAAAACUAGGAUUAGAGUAGCUGGUUAGGAACUCGGUGCUACAGAGGUUGAGAUGGGGGUCUCUUGGAAACAGCCUCCCUGCUUCCGAGUAGGGGCAAGGUCUGCGUACACACACCCUCCCCAGACCCUACUGUAGUGGGAU